CUCUGACCGAAACUUAAGGAUCUUCGUGUUCGUGUUUGUGUCUGUGAAACUUUCAUUAGUAAAACUUACACAUUGCAGUCAGCAGAUUGGAAAUAGUGACCGCGAAAUGAUUAUCACCUGUCCUGCAUUCCUCGCAUUUUUUUCAACGUAGCAUAACCAUUACCAUAGAAACGUACUUACCAGCUCACUUUCGUUACAGAUCCUAGCUUUGUCAAACCAUAUGCGGCUUUGAGUUCGAUCGUUUUUUCGUACUGGUAGUUCCAAAAUGCUGCAGUUAGCGACGGAUAGAAGAAGUUCAACUUGUGAGUAAACCUUGGUCCACCACUGCACGAGGAGAGUGCAAAUGUCCUCCGCACCAGCCCACGCGGUCCCGACCGCCACUGUCCGGAUCCGGAAUUUUUCUGGUACGGAGGUGAGCAUGACGGUUAACCCCGAAAAGUGCAAGAACGUUGCCGACUUGGUUGAAAAUUUUUACGCAGAGAGCCUCGUGCAAACAUUUUUUGACCACGAGCAGCUGUUGCCGCCCAAGCACCGCCUGAUGUGGUUGCUGUGCAGCGACGAAGAAUCCUCUGAGAAUGAUGCGCCCGCGAUGGACUUUCUUGCAGAGGAUGCCGAACUGCAGCUGGACGAUUCAUCUCAGGAUAGCACGAACGAAGGACCGGUAUACCAGUUUGCUGUGCAAGCCGCGCGAGACUGGCAAGAAGAGCUCGAGGGUCUUGUGGGUGCAAAAGUAAAGGAUCUGCCGGACGCCGGAAGCGACGACAUCGAUCGGCGCAUCGGACGAGAGACGCAUGAGCGCGUCGAAAAAUUCUUUCAGAAUAUGACGUUGCGGGAUGCCGAGGACUUUGUGUUUGACCGCGCCUAUCUAUGCAAUGCAAUGAUGCCCCCGUCGCUGAAUCUGUCACGUACAAAAUCGUGUGUCAUGUCGAUUCCCGUGAUGAAUUCAUAUCUGAAAGCUACGUAGCCCCAUGGCACGAAUACUAAUGGCAUUGCUCGGGAUUGGAUAUGCCAUAGCCAAAAACACAGUCCGUUUUUCAGACACCUCUGUGGCUUAUUAUGCAAGACAAAUUUGAGAUUGUGAUUGAGAUGAUAUGGUUUCAUUGCAUAGUAUCUGAUCCCGCCACCGAAAAAAGUUUGGGAGUUGCGAAUGCGGAAUCCGUGGCGGACUUGCACCAAUACACUGGGGAUCAGUCUUCCGUAUUGCGAAAAAACGGGAUUCGAUCGCUACAGCUACGACGUUCUACCGCGGACAUAUGAGUCCCCGUCUUGGGCUCUAGUUCGAGUGGCUCUCAAGCUCCCGCUGCAGGAGUGGAGCAAGCACGCCGCGGAGGGGCAUUUUUUUCCGCUGCACGAAAGGGAAAGGUUCGCGGAGCGUUGCGUCUCUCAGUUCUUGUUUGCGAAAAGACGGAGCGAACAAGAUACCUGGGGCGAGGUGGAAGAGGUUCUCAAAAUCGCGUUGAGCGUUUCGGAAAUAACCGCGGGCGCAUCGGCAAAGCUGAUCCUGAGCACUUUUGCCGCGGCAAAUCGCUACAGCCUGCAGUAUUCGGGAUGGCUCAUGAGUCAGAAAAUCAGGAACAGAGGCCGAGGCGGUGCCGCUGCGGCAGCUCGCGCAGAAGCGACCAGCAACAGGAUCGCUAAGUAUCGCAGCGCCGUGUCUCUGAUUCUGCGAGACCUCCACUCCAGGGGCAAACUUCGCACUUUUUGCGCGGCGGUGUCCGACCAUCUACGGGUGGCGCCCUUGAGGACGGAAUGGAUGACACUUUCGGACCACUUGGCGCAGCGCGCACGGCUCGCGCAGGAGGCGCCGGUCGCAGGUCUGCCACAGAGGCCCGCACUUCGGAAUGUGGACUUGCGUCGCGAACUGGAGGAGUACGGUGACACGAUUGGGGGCCAAGCGGACGCUGCUAUACGGGUGUUGCUCCUUUUGGACGUGGAAAGCAAAAACGUCUCGCCAACAUUGUCGCAUGACUUCACCACGGUCAUCAAAGGACUGGAGGAGCACGUCGCGGCGGUAAAAACUGACGUCGUUCAGGUUUUCGAAAGUAUUGGCUUGGCAGCCAGAAUCCGCGACCUGCUACCACUUCUUUCCACGACAAUGUCUUGGGACGACUGCGUUGCGCACCUGCAGCGCGAUCCUCCCCCGGCAAGCCGACGAGGACUACACCGGCGUGGUGCACAAGACGAGGAUGAGGAUCAGUUGUCCGAGAGUUGGUCGGAUACCAGUGACAGUUCGUCGCUAGGUAUCAAACAAAAAAAGUUCGUCACGAUCACUCAUGCGCAUUUUUGCAAUGCAAAACUCUCUGUCAUGCGUAAAAAUGCAUCACAGCCAAACUUCAUAAGGGAUUUCCCUAGUGUUUCUGCAAUACAAAGAAAAGCUGUCGUGAUGCUGAAAAAAUUUGUAAUGCAAAACCUGCAAGAGCAAGGUAGUGCUAGUGACUGUGACAAACUUUUUUCUCUCCAUACUAGAUAGCGACUCGGAUCUCGAGGAGCUAGACAGCGACGAUUUUUCGGUUGAUUCGGAGGAAGAAGACGACCUUAUGGAUGAGCUGGACGAACUCCUGAAUGAAGACGAUAUCUUGGAGCCGGGACAAGCUGGGGAAACCGGCGACGCUGCUGCUGCCGCUGCCGCCCCGGAAGACGCAAAGAAAGAAAGCAAGUGAUACAUGCGGAUUUUGUGAUGUUGUCCCAUGUGAACGUGAAGAAAGUGAGGGCACUCGAUCUUUGUAUGUACUUCCGAAUGUCGAUCCAAGAACCUAUUCGCAUUUGAAUUGACAACCUAUUUUCUUGAUUGACUUCGAAACUGUCUACGCAGUUUUUGUCAU